CAUGAGUACUAUUUAACCGAAAUAUGCUACAUACCAAAUAGAUGGCACUGGUAUCCAUCUCUCUAAUACAAUAUUUAGGUAGAGAUAUGUAUAUCUCAUUUAAUAAUGGAGGAACUCUUAAAACUAUCCCUAAUUACAGCCAACAAAAAUAUCAUAGUGUAACUCCUUAGAGAAGAAACGUAAGAAGCAUUAGUCAUAAUACUAAAAUGAUACACUAUCAUAAUAAUGGAACUGGAAGAGAUCUCUAUAUUUCGUAAAAUAUCUUAUUUUCUAUUGUAGCUAAGAUUCUGAUAUUUCUAAUACAUCAUUCUUAAGAGGCUUACGCAAUUAUUAAAGAACCUAUUAAACUCCAAAAAAAUUUAGAAUUAGAAUCAAUAAAUAUAUAUGA